AUGAGGGGCUACGAGCCCGUAGCGUCAUCCUCGGGCGAAAAAUCAACACCCUCGUUCUCUCAGCGCCGCCGGAAACCCCUCUUGAUCCUCCUUUUGGGGUCUAUUCCCGCUCUGGCCCUCCUCGCUUGGCUCGGGCAGGAUCGGUUACCGUCGUGGUCUGGCGAGGUCAUUGAUGGUGGAGGCGAUGGCUGGGAUUAUGUGGAUCAGGUUGAGCGGGAGCGGGGGCUUCGGCGGCUCAGCUGGGGUGCGUUAGAAAGACAAGGGGCGAGAAGCAGUAUCAGGAAGAAUUUGAGAGGGGAUAAGGGGUACUUGUUCAGCAUGUAUGGUGCGGGAUGGAACAACCAAGUCAUACAAAUGAUGAAUCUGAUCUACCUCGCCCACCUAACGGAUCGAGUCCCCAUCAUCCCCUCCUUCCGGUGGAACAUGCAUCCCGCAUCCCCAGACGCAGCGGUGUCAGAAAUAUUCGACCUCUCUCAGCUCUCCUCCUCCCUCAAUGACAUGGCUAUCAUCGAAAUGCACGAGGUCAAGGGGACAACGACCGAGCCGGAGCGGCUCAAGACGGUGGUGUACGACGGCGAGAAGGAGCAGUACAAGAAGGACGGGUCAUUGAGGAGCGUGGGCGAUCUCAUAUACGCCGAGAUGAUGGAGGAUGACGAGGUGGGGUGCUGGAGUAUGCACGCGAGCAAGGGGGAGGAGGUUCAUGAGAGCGGGCGGGAUUUGUACUUGAUCAAAACACCCUUUACUCCCCUUCCGCGCUCCGUCUUCAACUGGGACGAGGAUCCAGGCCGUCCUUCCUUCCCGCGGGUCGCUGACCUUCUCCGCGCGCGUCACGAACAAAAGCCCGAGGGCUCCAUCGCAAUCCUGCGGAAUUACUCAAUGCCCGAUCCUUCGGUCUGGCCAGAUCCUCACCUUGCGUGCAUCGACUCGACCUUUGGCUUUGGCGAGCAGAUUGACCGAUAUGAUGUAGGUGGCGAGUAUAGGUCUGGGACGGGUGCAUGGGCAGCGGUUGGGAACAGGAUGCGGUUCAGUCGGGGCGUGGAGCGGAUAGGAGAGAUGUAUCUGAGGGAGAUCUUUGGUGGGGAUACGCCACCGUACAUCGCUGUACACAUCAGACGCGGAGACUUUGGGGACGCCUUCCUUGCGCUCAGUCAACGACAAUACGCUCAUGCUGCUUGGCUGGUGAAAGAGUCGCUGCGCAUCAAGCACGGAGUCGAGAUCAAGCACGUACUGGCAACAUCUGACGAGACGGACCUACAGUGGCUGUCGGUCCUGGAGGACUAUGGCUUCACAUUUGUCAACCACACCCAGCUCAAUACGGUCGAGCGCUUCGGACCUUGGUUCCCCACCAUACUGGACUCGUACCUGCUAUCGAGCGGUAAAGGCUUCCUUGGCGUGAUAUACAGUACAAUGAGUAUACUGGCGUACCGACGGACUAUCGAUUGGAACCAGGGCGUUGCGAGGAUGAUUGAGCUGGAUCAUCAAGUGGAGGCUGACUGGACGUGGUCGUGA